GCUACACUUUCCACCACAUCAGAGAAAUAUUUACCAUUUGUGCAGGAGGAGGUAUCGACCAUUAAAUUUCAACAUGUUCCGAAGAACGCCAUCGCCGCAGUCAAGUCGGGAGGGAAGCCCGAAUAUAUUUCCUCCUGAUACUCAUCCCAAAGUUGGAAAUCGUGUCAUUGUUCGGAGUCAGGUUGGUGAGGCGAAAACAGGGAUUUUGCGAUACGUUGGAGACGUGAAAUUUGCACAAGGAUGUUGGGCCGGCGUGGAGCUGUUUUAUCCACAGGGAAAGAAUGAUGGCAGUGUGGAAGGACAAGAAUAUUUCCGCUGCCAGCAAAAAUAUGGAUUAUUCGUCCCCAUCCGAAAAGUUGAUUGGAGUCCGAUGAACGCAAUGGGAGUUAACGUCUACGAGGACAGGAUCAAGCAUGAGACUGUUAAAUAAGUUUAAUAUGCUUCUCCAAGACAAAGAUCAACAUAUUCUGUAAAUAAUACAGUAUUAAAAUAAAAUAGGAGACCGCGCAUAAAGCAUGUGCUAAAUUUGAGAGAGGUCAAGGUCAAUCCUUCACAUAUUGACUAUAAAUUUGUAUAGCGUAUAUUAUAGUGAUCACAAUGUCUAACAAGUUCUUUACCAUUGAAUACGAAGAAUAAAUCAAUAAAUAUGAAUUUAACCCUUACA